AGGGACACAAGGAGACACAAGCAACACAAGGGACACAAAGGGACACAGGGUACACAAGGGAUACAAGGGAUACUAGGGGACACAAGGGAGACAGGAGACUCAGUGCACACAAGGGACACAGGGGACACAAGGGCUCCAUGGGACACAAGGGACACAGGGAAGUUAUGGGACACGGGAGACUUAUGGGACACAGGAGACACAAGGGACGCAGCCGACACAGGCGACACACGGGACACAACCGACAUAGGGGACACAGGGCAUACAGGGGACACACGGGUCGCAAUGAACAUAAGUUGACCCAAGGCACACACGGGACACAGAAGACACAAGGGUCACAGGGGACACAAGUAACAAAGGUGACCCAGGGGACACGAUGGACAUAGGGGACACAGGAGAGAGAAGGCACCAAAGGGACACAGGGGUCUCGUGCGGACACAAGGGACACAUGGGACACAAGAGGACAAAAGGGACACAAGGGGACACAAGGGAUACAAGAGACACAAGGGAACACAGGAGACUCUGGGCACACAGGGGACAGAAAGGACACAGGGGACACAAGGGAGACAGGAGACAAAGGGGACACAAGGGGACACAUGGGACACAGGUGACACGAGGGACACCGGGGACAAAAGGGACACAAAGGGACACAGGGGACUCAUUGCACAGAAGGAAAACAAGGGACCCAGAGACAGAGGAGAUGCAAGAGACACGGGACACAAGGGAGACAGGGGACACAAGGCACACAAGAGGACACAGGGGACACAAGGGGACACAGGCGACAUAAUUGAAGACCAGGGACACUAGGAACACAGGGAACUCAAAGGGACACAGGGGACACAAGUGGACACAUGGGACAAAGGGGACACAACAGACACAGGGAGGACAAGGGACACAAGGGACACAGGGAACCCAAGGAGACACAGGGGUCACAAGGGACACAGCGGACACAAGGGACAUAGGAGACAGAGGGGACACAGGGAACACAGGGGACACAAAGGGAUAGAGGGGAGACAAGGAGACAAGAGACGCAGUGGACACGGGGAAACACAAGGGAGUCAGGGGACUCAGGGGACACAACUGAAAACAAGGGAGACUGGAGACACAGUCAACACAAGGGGACACAGGGGAGACAAGGGGACACCAGGUACACAGGGGUCACAAGGGACAGGGGACAAAACUUGACCUAGGGGACACAAGGGACACAGAGGACAGAACUGACACACUGGACUAUAGGGACUUAAGGGACACAAAGGAACACAGGGGACAAAAAGGUACAAAAGGGACACAAGGGAACACAGGGAACACAAAGAAACAGAAAGGUACACAGGGGACACAAGGGGUCAUGGACGACACAAGGGGACAUUGGGAACACAGGGAUUACAACGGACACAAUAGGGCACAUGGGACACAAGGGGACAAAAGGAACACAAGGGUACACAGGGGACACAAGGGAUACAAGGGACACAAGGGCACAAAAGCAACACAGGAGACUCAUGGCACACAAGGGACACAGGGGCUCCAUGGGACACUGGAGACACAAGGGACACAGGGGACAAAGGAGACACAAGGGACACAAGGGGACACAUGGGAUGCAGGGGACUUAUGGGACACAAGGAACACAGGGGACACAAGAGACAUAGGGGACACAGGGAACAAAGAGGACACCGGGAACACAUGUGUUACAAGGGACGUAAGUUGACCCAAGGCACACAGGGGACACAGGGGACACAAGAAACAAAGGGGAUCCAAGGGACACGAUGCACACAGGGGAGUGAAGAGCCAAGGGACACAGGGUCACUUGGGGACACAAGGGACACAGGAGACACAAGGGAUACAAGGGACGCAAGGGGACACAAGGGACACAGGAGACUCAGGGCACACAAGGGACACAAGGGACACAAGGGCUCCAUGGGACACAAGGGACACAGGAGACACAAUGGACACCGGGGACAGAAGGGACACAAGGGGACACAUAAGACGCAGGUGACACAAUUGGAACAAAGAAACACAAAGGUACACAGGGGAGGGAACACAAGGGAUACAGGGGACAGAAAGGACACAGGGUCUCCAUGGGACACAGGAGACACAAGGGACACAAGGGGACACAUGGGACGCAGGUGACACGAGGGACACAGGAGACAAGGGACACAAAGGGACAUAGGGGACACAAGGGAUACAAGAUACAGGAGAGUCAUGGAACAGAGGGAACACAAGGAAGACAGAGGACACAAGGCACACAAGAGGACACAUAGGACACAGGAGUCACAAGGGAGACAAGGGGACAUAAGAGACACAGGGGACACAGAGGACACAAAGGGAUACUGGGGAUACAUCGGACACAGGGGACACAGGAAACUCAAAGGGACACAGGGGACACAAGGGGACACAAAGGUACAAAAGGGACACAAGGGGACAUAGGGAACACAAAGGGAUACAGGGGACACAAACGUACAAAGGGGACACAAGAACACACGCGGAACACAAGGGGACAUAG